AUGGGCGAAAAGCCAGAUAGAAAGUGGCAGUAUAUAAAGGACACAAUGACUCAGAAAUCAAGUUUUUGCUGGCAGAGAAUUUGCCUGUAUGCAGCACUGAGUAAACAGCAGCUUCCUGUGCUCAGGCACAGUGAAAAACCGGUUAAUGGCUUCACGCGCUUGCCUGAUCGUCACCUCAGCUCUGUCCUACAGGGCCCUAGUUCAUCGGGGCUUCGGGACAACUGCUGCCAGGCUGCCAUUCUGAAGCGCCACUACCAGAAACUCAUUGAGAAUCUGAGAGUGGUUAAUAUGAUUCAGAACUAUUGGUCUUUCAAGGUCUUUCAUCCUACUUUUAUAGGUCCUGAAGGUUUAAGAGUGAGCUGCCUAAACAUUUGGCUAAUUUUAUGCUUGUUCCCAAGAACCUGUGCAUCAAAUCCUUCAAAACCCAAUUUUUUACUGAUACUGGCUGAUGAUCUUGGUAUUGGAGAUGUGGGUUGCUAUGGCAAUGAUACAAUAAGGACCCCUAACAUUGAUGGCCUGGCGAAGGAAGGAGUGAGACUUACUCAGCACAUUGCUGCAGCUGCUGUCUGUACUCCAAGCAGAGCAGCUUUCCUGACUGGCAGAUACCCCAUCAGAUCAGACUGUUAUUCCUCUCCAGGCAUGGCCUCAGGCACUCAGCGGCAGGUUCUCUUUUGGAACGGGUGUUCUGGUGGGCUCCCACCAAAUGAAACUACUUUUGCCAGAAUACUGCACCAGCAAGGUUAUUCUACAGCACUUGUAGGGAAGUGGCAUAUGGGUGUGAACUGCAAAUCCCGUCGUGAUCACUGCCACCAUCCUUUAAAUCAUGGCUUUGAUUAUUUUUAUGGCAUGCCUUUUACCCUUUUGAAUGAGUGUCAAGGCACAGAUGACCCUGAACUGGCCAAGUCUUUGCAAGACACAUACUGGCUUUACACACAGACGAUCAUCCUUGCAGUGCUUACUCUUUUGAUUGGAAAACUUACCAAGUUACUCUCAGUAAAAUGGAAAAUAAUCAUAUGUCUGGCCAUCUGCAGUCUCCUGUAUUUCAUCUCCUGGUUCUCCAGCUAUGGUUUCACCAAGUACUGGAACUGUGUCCUGAUGAGAAAUCAUGAUAUCACUGAACAACCGAUGAAUCUAGAAAAAACUACUUCUAAUAUGCUGAAGGAGGCAGUUUCAUUUAUUGAGAGAAACAAGCAUAGACCGUUUCUUCUCUUUGUUUCCCUUUUACAUGUUCACACCCCUCUUGUUACCACAGAGAAGUUUCAGGGAAGAAGCAGACAUGGUCUAUAUGGAGAUAAUGUAGAGGAGAUGGACUGGAUGGUGGGCAGGCUUCUGGAUGCUAUUGACAAAGAAGGCUUGAAGAAUACCACAUUCGUUUAUUUUGCAUCUGAUCAUGGAGGAUCCUUAGAGGCUCACAGAGGAAAUGCUCAGUUGGGUGGAUGGAAUGGGAUCUAUAAAGUUUUCCAGUUUCUCAUCUGUCAUGUGCAUGUGUCAUCUAGACUCUCUAUGACUGGCUUGCGACACACUGUCAAAAGCUCUAUGGAAAUGAAGGUCUAUGGUGGAAAAGGAAUGGGAGGCUGGGAAGGAGGGAUCCGCGUCCCAGGAAUAGUUAGAUGGCCAGGAGUGUUGCCUGCAGGGACAGUUAUCAAUGAACCGACAAGCCUUAUGGACAUUUUCCCAACAGUGGUUCACCUCGCUGGAGGGACAGUGCCUCGGGACAGGGUAAUCGACGGGCGCACCUUGCUGCCUUUGCUGCAGGGGACAGUUCAGCACUCCGGGCACGAGUUCAUGUUUCACUACUGCGGUGUGUUUCUGCAUGCAGUGCGGUGGCACCAGAAGGACAGUGGCACCAUAUGGAAAGCUCAUUACGCUACUCCGGUAUUCCAACCAGAAGCCUCUGGGGCCUGUUUCGAAAGAGGAAUUUGCCCGUGUUUCGGGGAUGGUGUGACCCACCACGACCCUCCACUGCUGUUUGAUCUCUCACAAGAUCCCUCUGAGGCGAAUCCCCUGUCAGCUGGCACCGAGCCCUUGUUCGACGCAGUGAUGAGGAGAAUAGGAGAAGCUGUAGAAGAGCACCGCAAGACCCUGACUCCAGUCCCACAACAGCUGUCUCCUGACAAUAACAUAUGGAAGCCGUGGCUGCAGCCCUGCUGUGGCACGUUCCCCUUCUGCUGGUGUGAUGAAGAAAACAGCAAAGCAGGUGGCAUACUUUAA